UCCUGUUCACAUCUGCUGACUUGUAGUUUUGUCUGACUUGUUAGAAAACUCUCCUCUACUGUUUGUCCUACCAUGACGAUCAUCCUACGCUUUGGACCCGUUCGUUACUUGCUGCAGUUAUAUUUUUCUUUUGCUUUUAUACAAAUCUUUUCUCUCUCCAAAUUUAACAGAAAUUAUAUUAUAUUUGGAAUCAUAAUGAAAGAUAAGAAAGUUGAAUUUCUGUUGAAUAUUAUCGGGACAUUUCUUAUUCAUAAAUAUAAAUGUAUUAAGACGCAACCUUCAUUAGUACUGCAAAUCAAUGAAAUUUAUAGAAAAGAAAACUAAAAAAUAUCAGAAGACUCCUUAGCUAUUUUAGUUUAUACGUUUUUUUUUUUUUUUAAAAAAGGUUAUAAUUAUGUUUACAAUUUGCGUGCUCCGUUUUUUUAAGAAACUGUAUAUCAUGUGUUACUGGCCAUAUAAUUUCUUUAAUAAUUUUUUAAAAGCCUUAGAAAAUGACGGGACAUAAAUCGUUAAAACGAGCGUUCUCGCGCGAAAUAAACAAGUAAAGCUUGCAUCGUAUAUAAUCGUAUUUCCAUGGGGGGGGGGGGGUAACAGAAUGGGAAACAUGGAAAAGCCUUUUUUAAAACUUAGUUUUUAAAAGCGUAUGAAACAUUUUCUGAGUAGAUGAAAUAUACGUAUGUUGUGAGACACCAUAACGCACCGUGUUAAUUCCUUCUUGAAAAUAAUUACAGAAGACCCUCUAAAAAUGUUUAGUUAAAUAGAGGUCUAUUUAGUGUUUAAGACUACAUUAUUUAAUUACCAAAAUGAGAAUUAUAAAUACCUACCGUUGAAAGCUUUCAAUCAGGCAUGCAUUUAGUUACCUAUGAAUUGGGUCUUUUUGCUAUUUGCUUGGGCGCAUGAGCGUUUUUUUUGCGUUUGCUUGUUGGUGGUGUGCUGCUGUGGUGUGAGUGAAGGAGAUUGUGGAAUGUUUGUUUUGCUAUAUUGUGUAGCUAAUAAAGAUAUUAAAGCAAUAAUAAAAUGAAAGUAGUCGCGAUGAUAAGUGGUGGCAAAGACAGCUGCUACAACAUGAUGCAGUGUGUAGCUGCAGGACAUGAGAUUGUGGCUCUUGCAAACCUGCAACCCUCUGAAGAUAGAGAUGAAUUAGACAGUUACAUGUAUCAGACAGUGGGACAUCAGGCUAUCAACCUGUAUGCAGAGGCCUUGGGCCUUCCACUGUACAGGCGUGUUAUUGAGGGAUCAAGUUUGAAUAUUGGAAGAGGAUAUAGACAGAGAGAAGGAGAUGAAGUGGAGGACAUGUAUCAUCUGUUGAAGCAGGUCAAGGAGGACAAAGGAGUUGAAGCUGUUUCUGUGGGGGCCAUUUUGUCAGACUACCAAAGAGUCAGAGUGGAAAAUGUGUGUGCACGUCUUCAUCUGCAGCCUCUGGCUUACUUGUGGCACAGAGACCAAGAAGAGUUGCUUAGUGAGAUGAUAACAAGUGGUCUAGAAGCCAUUAUUAUUAAAGUAGCAGCAUUCGGAUUGGAUCCAGAAAAGCAUUUAGGAAAAUCUUUGGUUGAAAUUGAGCCAUAUCUUAAACAGCUUUCUGAAAAAUAUGGAGUACAUGUUUGUGGUGAAGGAGGAGAGUAUGAGUCCAUUACUCUGGACUGUCCCCUCUUCAAAAAAAAAAUUCUUAUAGAUUCCAUGGAAACAGUGAUACAUUCAGCAGAUGCUUUCGCUCCAGUUGGCUUUCUGCGCUUUUUAAAAAUGCAUACAGAACAGAAAGCUAAUGAUUCCUCUAGUUGGUGUUGCCAUCUCCAGCGUUGUCCUUGCCAGAAUUCCAUUGAAGAAAUGGAACAUGCUGAUAAGUCUGAAGAUACCCAGGAUACAUUAACAUCAAAAUCUUUCAGCAGCGAUGUGGUGAAUUAUUCUCAGCAGGAAUAUGAUACCAUUGUUCAAAGUUCAAACAGAACAACACUGGGAUAUCAGUGGAUCUGUGACAUCGCUGGGUCCUGUUCUGAAGAUCAAAACAUCCAUGACCAAACAAAGCAAGCAUUUUCAUUGUUACAAGGUCAAUUGAAAAAAAAUGGAAGUGUAUUUAAAGAUAUUGUCCUAGUGCAUUUGUACUUGAGGAGGAUGGCGGACUUUGCAGCAGUAAACUCAGUGUACCAGGCCUUCUUUGAGCACGAUCCUCCUGCCAGAGUAUGUCUUGAGACGCUUCUUCCUGGCAAACAACUGAUUCAGAUGGACUGCCUGCUGCAUCACUAUGUUGGGCUGGUUCCUGAAGGUGCUUCAGAAUGCAAGCAUUGUUUGCAUGUUCAGAGUCUGUCCCACUGGGCACCCGCAAACAUUGGGCCCUACAGUCAGGCUGUCAAGGUGGAUGAUGCUGUGUUCUGUGCAGGACAAAUUGCCCUAGUUCCCUGCAGAAUGCAGCUGGUGGAAGGUGGACCAUCUCUUCAGGCAUCACUUGCUCUACAUCAUGUUGUGAAGGUCCUCGAAGCCAUAGACAGCAGGCUUGGUCUUUGUCAUGUGCUUCAGGUCCACUGUUAUGUCACACACAAGAGUUACAUCCCAGUUGUUAAACAUGUCUGGGACAAGAAGCUGGAAGUUUCACACACUGAGCAGGACUCAUACGGUGCAGUGGAAGAGUGGAGUGCACUCUUGGUGGCAGCUGUAGUACCCUGCCUUCCCAGACACGCUGCUGUUGAGUUCCACGUCAUUGCCACUUCUGACCAGCCAAGGCAAAGGAUUUCCUGUCGCAUAACGGUGGACCUGCCUGCCGGCUACAUUGAGUGCCGAGCCUUGCAGUCUAGCACCCAGCAAUAUGCUGCUCUCUCCCUGUCUCUAAGCAUGCAUUCUGACCCUACUCCCAUGACAGGCCAGGAAAUACUUAAAAAACUGAGUACAACUCUCCACCAUGUCCUCCAGAAAGUGGAGUGCAGUCUGACCCCAAUAUGUGGCAGAGCCUUCUAUAAACAUGACAGCACCCUCGGGAGAAUAUGUGCAGCAGGUAAUCUCUGUCUUCCUCAUUUACUGAAACCUUCUCUCACAAGAUUCUAUAGUUCCUUUUUUCUUAUAUUUAUUCUAUGUAUUAUAUCCCUGCAGUAUUUUUCAUUAUUGUUUGAUGUUUCAUUAUUGUUUCAUAAUUCUUUGUUAAUGAAUGUAGUUUUUUUCCUUGUAGGGGGAAAUGUUUUGCAUAUAUGGAUCACUCAAAUUGAACUACACAUUUAGUGCAUUACAUAUUUCACAUUCUUGGUGUACAUUUCAACUCUAGUUUGAGUCAAGAUGAAACUCAAGGUCUAAGAGAUGUGGGAUAUUCAAAAUAAUAGCAAGCUAAUUGCAUAUAAUUGCAGAUACAGAAUUAGUGGCUCAGCAGCUACAGCGGGAUCUUGAUUUAAUUAGCGACUGGGCCGAUACCUGGCAGAUGAAAUUUAACGUCGAUAAAUGUAAGGUACUCCAUCUAGGGAGCAGAAAUAUAAAGUACAGAUAUUUCAUGGGUGUCACUGAAAUAAAGGUAGCUGAUCAUGAGAAAGACCUUGGUGUGUAUGUUCAUGCUUCCAUGUCCCAUUCUCGCCAGUGUGGGGAAGCAAUAAAAAAGGCCAAUAGGAUGUUGGGGUAUAUCUCCAGGUGUGUGGAGUUUAAGUCAAGGGAGGUAAUGCUAAGAUUAUACAAUUCCUUGGUGAGACCUCACCUAGAAUAUUGUGUGCAGGUUUGGUCACCAUAUCUUAAAAAGGACAUUGUGGCCUUAGAAAAGGUGCAGCGUAGGGCCACAAAAAUGAUUCCUGGUCUUAGAGGAAUGUCAUACGAGGAACGGUUACUUGAGCUAAAUCUGUUCAGUCUCAAGCAAAGGAGACUGAGGGGGGACAUGAUCUAGGUAUAUAAGAUUCUAACAGGUUUGGAUGCUGUUCAACCAAAUAGUUACUUCAGCAUUAGUUUAAAUACACGAACUCGUGGCCAUAGGUGGAAAUUAGCGGGAGAACAUUUCAAGCUGGAUUUAAGGAAGCACUUCUUUACACAGCGUGUAGUUAGAGUAUGGAAUAGCCUUCCUGAUAAUGUAGUGCAAGCUGAAUCCUUGGGUUCCUUUAAAUCAGAGCUAGAUAAGAUUUUAACGACUCUGAGCUAUUAGUUUAGUUCUCCCCAAGCGAGCUUGAUGGGCCGAAUGGCCUCCUCUCGUUUGUAUAGUUCUUAUGUUCUUAUAUACUUAUGGUGGUUAAAUUAGUAUACUGUCUGCAUAUGGCUAUCUGUAAUAUCAGUUUCCUGCUCCCAUAGGACUUUCAGAAUUAUUCAAGAAUUGCCUGGAUCAAAGAAGUUCAGCUGUGACAUUGGUUCCGGUCCAGUGUUUGUCUGAUUCUCAGGUUCUGCACCUUUCCUGCUGGCUCAGUCUAUAGCUGGGUAAUUGUCUGGGCUCUGUUCUCUUAAACAUGUUUUUUCCUUCAUAUUCAGGUUAUAUUAAAUUAGUGAUAAGGGAGAGUGCUGUUUAUUGUUGAUUUAUUUUUUUUAUUCAUUAAACAGGACAAUACACCAAUGAUUAUAUAUGAAUAAUCAAGGUUUUUCACCAUAAAGCAGUAUACAAUAAAAUUGUUCUGUUUCGCUUGUCCUAUUGCAUCCUGUGGAAAUUUUGAACUAUUUUACAUGAAGGGACAUACAUGGAACAAAAAAGGGGGUGUUGGGAAUGUUCAGAGAGAAAAUUCUUGUGCUGUUGACGUUUCUGUCAUAUAGAUUAUAGUUAAACAAUAGUUUUCUUUAUUGAGAAAUUGUAGGAGUCAUAAAUCAGAUCAUUAAUUCUGUUGGAUGUCUGUACAUGUUUUAGAUAUUGAUCCCAAUUAGACCAUAAUUUAAUAAAAAACUUUGUUUGUAGAUGGAUUGAGAAGGUAGCAUUUUCCAUUAUAUAUAUUUCAUUGAAACUAUCCAUUCUGUUAUUGUGGGGGGAUCUGGAAGUAGCCAGUGUUUUGUAAUAUUUUUCCACAGAUGUCAAUAUAUUAAAUACAUAUCUAUUUAAGUGUACUCGUAGGGAGCUGGCAUUUCUUAAAAUGAAAGUAGAGAAUUAGAAUGGUAUUUUCGUCGAUGAGAUGUCUUUCAGAAUGUUAUGUGUCUUCAACCAGAAAUCUCUUAUAAGUGAGCAAUCCCAGAAUAUGUGGCAAUGAUUGACAUUCUGGUUCCUGCAUAAUCUCCAACAUUUAUUAUUUCAUGAUGAGAAUUUGUGUUUUUGUGUUUUCUUGAUACUGAUUUGUAGGUCGUACUGCACACACAUGUGAUUAGUAGUAAAUGACAUUGUACACCUACAGAGUAGCAUUCUUAAUCAGUAUUUCAUAAAUGGUGUAUACACUGAACUUCCUUAGAGUGUGUCUAACGCGCCAUAUAACCAGAUUUUUACAGUUUAUUUUUCUGCUCUCUAUUAUGCAAAAUGUAUGGUGUGUGCUGCCCUCAUAUGAUGCUUACUUGGAACUGCAUACAUCAUAUAAAUAAUUUAUUAUGCGAUAGCCUCACUCUCAGCUUGUUACAAUGCAAGGAAAGAACAUUACAAUUCAUCAAUUUGCUGUAAAUCUUUCAAAUAUGUUAAAAUUAAAGGGCAAAAAACAUAUACUUCUUCCUUAUGUGCAUCGAUUGCCAAACAUGACUUUUUUUGUUGAACACUUGCUAGCUUCAUGCCUUCUCAGUACUGAUACGUAUCAGAUCACUUACUUCACUUUCAUGAAUCAGAGCCAGGUGGUUUCGUGAGCUUGAUUUAGUAUUUCAUGGGAACAUUAAAAUAAUUUGUGUGCCCAAUUUAAUGUACCAUGACAAUGAAAAUGAGGACAAAUUUGUCAUAAAACAAUAACAUUUGAUGUUAUCUUUGUUUUAUUUUCAAUUUAAUAUGGGUUGUAUGAUUUGCAAAUCAUUGCAUUCUGUUAUUUACAUUUUACAUAGCAUCCUGAUUUUUUUGGAUAUGGGGGUUAUAUCACUUAACCAAUAAUAUUGAUGUACCAAACACCAAAUGUACAUCUUUCUAUAAAAUAACUAAAAUAUGUUUAGACUUUAAUGUUUAAAAUAAUUUUCAGGAGAAACUUAAAUGCAUUAUCUUAUGUUAAUACCAGCUUGCCUAUUACAAUAUUCAUCAUUUUUAAAUUUAUAUUUGAUGUUGGGUAAUACUGGGAUACAACCAGAAGUAUGAACCAUAUUUCAUUUAGGCAUGGGAGUGUAGGUGGGCUUAACAACACAGAAUAGUGGCUCUGCCCAGUGACAGUGGACUGCUAACCUGAUGACCAAGCUUGAUGAAUGGUGCUAUAUCCCUAGUUAGCAGUUUAUGGCUGACAUGCCCUCUACUUUCAGCAAGAGCAUUGGCCCAAUCCAGAGUUUAUGGGAUGUGGGGCUGGGGAAGCAAUUUCAAUCAAUUUCACAUGGUUAGCAUAGUUUGUUUUCCAGUGAUGUAAUAACAUAUAAUAAAUGUAGAAAAACGGCUCCAAAUUUAAAACAUGCAGCUUUCAUAGGCAAAAAUACAAAGUGAAAUGAACUGGAAUUAAUUCACACAGCACACGCAGCAGAAAGGCUAAGUGAAAAUAAUAGAUUCCCAAAGCUGAGGGAAUUCAGUCAGCAGAAUCCAGGCAAACACUGCUACUUAAAAACUGACACUUCUACUGUUCUAGUCCAGAAACAGGCCAGCUUAGUCUCAAAGUUCAUAGUGUUGAUGAGGUGAAGGUUCCUGUGGCCAGUGUUUAGUAUCACGUGCUCCUUGUUCAGUCUGACCAGACUGUUUAUCUCUGUGUUCUGCCUCCAUCCCCCUCUUUGUUGAUUCCGGAGUUCUCUGAGCAGCGUAACCAGGCAACUGCUGAUCCAUAAUAGACAAGAAGUUGUAGAAAGACACUGGGGGUCCCCAGUUUUUAUCCAAAAUGAACCCUGCAAGGCAAGGGUAAUGACAAAUUUAACAGGAACAUCAUGAAGUAACUAACGACGUUAAUAGGCCCUGGGUUUGUCAAGUUAAAAGACAUUCUAGCACCAGUUAUUAAAAGAUUUAAGUGCAUGUAUGUAUAUAUAAUGAGCCUGUAUGUAUAAUUUGACCAUGUGUGGAUUGCAGAAAAUCCAAAAUAAAUUCAAGCUUGUGCACCCAA